GAAAGGUAGCAGCUGCUGUUAGAACAGCUUAAAUAAGCCGCUCCAACCGGUGGAUGCUGUCAGUUGGAAUUUGGUGAUCGAAGGUUUGUGUGGUAGCAGAUUUUAAGGUGGAAGAAACCAGUGUGACACAAGUGAUUCCGUGAAGGACUGAACUGGGAACAUUUUAAGCAAAAUGAAUUCUCAACAAGUGAUCCUGUGCUUUGGGCUGGUUUUGGCAGUUGGACUGAGCUUGGCCGAUGGAGCUGUGGUUCGUGAAAAAAGGCAGCUGAACACGCUGCUUACUAUUAGCGGAGAGUCCAACGCAAGGAUUGUCAAUGGAACAAUCUUCUGCGACACGCUCAAGUGUCCGGACGCGUCGUUCAAGUGCAUCAUCGUGAAGAACAACACCAAGGAGGACGUCAACGUGGUGGAGGUGACGCGCGAGUGUCUGGACGCGGCCGGCAAGGCCACGGCCAAGACCGUCGAAAAGGAGCCGAACCAGUUCCCGGGCGGAAAGUACGAGAGCUAUGCGGAAAUCGACAAGGACGGGAACAUUGCGUCGUUCGACAACCGAGGAAAUUCGUACAAUCACUCGGGCAGUGGCGACGUGCACUCGUAUCUGUACCAGCAGAUCGAGGACCUGCACAAGUCCAUCUUGGACCAGCUGACGAACGCCGGAACGCCGUACCGGAUUCCUUGAGGGGGAGGGGGGGGGGGGGACACGUGACCGACUUCGUUAUUGGCGGAAUGUUAGAAUAUAAUUAGUGUUUUUUGUUUUGUUUCCCCUUAGAGUUAUCUAAAUCGUUGAUAUUUUCCAAUGCAAGGUGUUGUGGAAACUUCGAUUGUCUGUGAGAAAUAAAUUGCAAUAUCUCUUAAAAUAAUGAGCCCGGCGGCAUCGACCGUGAGAACUUUUCACACGUUUUGCACUGAAUAGGAGCAGUCUGUCUGGUUUUCCAUCGAGUCAGGUGAUGAAGUGUUGAGUUUUGUUACGCAGAUUAUCGAGGGUAACGUUUCGGCGUGAUCACGUGGUGUAAAUUUGGCUAAUUGUGAUAUGUGUGAUAGGUUGUAAUAAAAGGUUGCAAACCACUCCCUGCUUGGAAACUUUACAA